UUAUUAUUAUUAUUUUGCACAUUGGGGCUGUUUUACACCCUUACUGUGGCAGGUAUAGGGCAUGCGGCAAGUUUGUCUGCUAAUGCAAGAAAAUACACCUUCAGUAAUACUAACUCUGACACAGCUUGUGCAACAAUAUUAUUUAUCUGUAUUACCAAAUUAUUGCUUAAAAUAUAUCUUUAAUCUUAUUUGCUUGGAAAUAUAUUCGGUGGUGAAUUAAGCCCGAGACCAGUGCACUCAAGGAAAGAAGGUACCCCAUAAAAAAAUUAUGUCUAUAGCAGUUAAGUUCUUGUUUCUGAUAGAUCUGUGUUCCCUUGCAUCAUUGCAUUGCAUAUCCAAAAGCAAUCCGAAACUGGCAAUGAAUAACUCCAUCAAUAGAUCGGACGCCCUAAAAGUUUAGCAUUUAAUCACCAAGAAUCUGGCUCUCUUUAGGACCCAGUCUGCUGCUGUCUUUGCCUCAGCAUCAGUACUUUCAUGCAAAGCCAAAUAAAAGUGAUUCUGUAUUGUAAAGUUGCAAAUAGAGGAUUGGGAUCUGGAUAGACACACCACCACCAAGCCAUACUGAGCUGUCGGGACCGUGUAGGCAUCAGAGAGGAUCAUGGGAGGGGCUGCGGCGGACCCGGGGGCGAGCGGGGUGACGGCGCCGGACGGCGGGUGGGGCUGGGCGGUGCUUUUCGGCUGCUUCCUCAUCACGGGCUUCUCCUACGCCUUCCCCAAAGCGGUCAGCGUCUUCUUCAAGGAGCUGAUCCGGGAGUUCGGCGUGGGGUACAGCGACACGGCCUGGAUCUCCUCCAUCCUGCUGGCCAUGCUCUACGGGACAGGCCCUCUCUGCAGCGUGCUGGUGAACCGUUUUGGCUGCCGGCCGGUGAUGCUGGUGGGCGGGCUCUUCGCCUCCCUGGGCAUGAUCCUGGCCUCAUUCUCCACCAGCAUCCUCCACAUCUACCUGUGUACUGGAGUCAUAACAGGUCUGGGUCUGGCCCUGAACUUCCAGCCCUCCCUGAUCAUGCUGAACCGGUACUUCAGCGCGCGGCGCCCCCUGGCGAACGGGCUGGCGGCUGCGGGCAGCCCGGUGCUGCUGUGCUGCCUGUCCCCGCUCGGCCAGGCCCUGCAGCAGCACUACGGCUGGCGGGGGGGCUUCCUCAUCCUGGGGGGGCUGCUGCUCAACUGCUGCGUGUGCGGGGCGCUGAUGCGGCCGCUGGAGCCCCCGCGCGGGAGGGUCGCCGCGGCGACGGCGGGGCGGAAGGGGCGCGGGGCCAAGCUGCUGGACCUGAGCGUGCUGCGGGACCCGGGGUUCCUGGUGUACACGCUGGGCGUGACCGUCAUGGUGCUGGGGCUCUUCGUGCCGCCCGUGUUCGUGGUGAGCUACGCCAAGGCGCUGGGCUACGGCGACACGCCCUCCGCCCUGCUGCUCUCCAUCCUGGGCCUGGUGGACAUCUUCGCCCGGCCCACCUGCGGCAUGGUGGCGGGCCUGCGCUGGGCGCGGCCGCGCUGCGUCUACCUCCUGGGCUUCGCCGUGGCCUUCAACGGCGCCACGGACCUGCUGGGCUCGCUGUGCCGGGACUACGCCACGCUGGUGGUGUUCUGCGUCUUCUUCGGCGUGUCCUACGGCAUGGUGGGCGCGCUGCAGUUCGAGGUGCUGAUGGCGCUCGUCGGCACCGACAAGUUCUCCAGCGCCAUCGGCCUGGUGCUGCUCGCCGAGGCCAUCGCCGUGCUGGUGGGCCCCCCCUCCGCAGGGCUGCUGCUGGACAGCAGGGGGAGCUACAUGUACGUGUUCCUGCUGGCCGGGGGCGAGGUGGUGCUGUCCGCCCUGCUGUUGGUCGCGGGCAACUUCCUGUUCCUCAGGAAGCGGCCGCGGGAGCUGUCCGCCGUCGCCGGGGAAACGGAGCCACUGACGGAGCGAGGGAAGGAGGAGGCGCGCAGGGAACGCCUCCUGUGGGAGGCGCGGCCAAUCAGCAUCCACGUGGACCGGGCGGAGGUGGAGCGCUUCCUGCGGGAGGACUGGUGGAGGAGCGGAGACAGCAGCUCAGAGACCUGCCUGUGA